AUGGACUCGGGGAAAACGAAAAGUCCCAAUUUGAAAAGUAACGAGAAUGCGAAAACAAAAAUGGAAGACUCGGCUAAAACAAAGGGACAUUGCAGGUCAAAGAGCCAAACUUAUAGUUUCACAGGCUCCGUUUGCGAUGAAAUCGAAAAACACUUUGAGCAAAGUUUGUCCCUCCUCGACCAAAAGCAUCAAAAAUCGAAAAGUCUUCCUCGUGCCAUGAAAGGAUCUUUUCCAGCCUCAUUUUUCGAGCAAAAGCUCAAACAACAUUCUUCAACAGACUCUCUUCAAAAUUCAUCAGACUCUGGCUCUCUUGGCCCAAUGCGGGUCCAUCGAACGCACUCUUCCUCUAAAAGAAACCGAAAUAGAGAAAUCGAAAACAAAGACUCGCACAAGAAGGGUCGACAAUAUAAACAACUCCAGUCUCUUAUCAAAAGCGAACCUCCCAGCGCACAGAAUCACCUCAAAGGAGUUGGAUCUCCCGGCUCUGCUUACUCGUCAUCCCUUGGUUCGCCUCAACACGCAAGUAACUCACUUCAAGGCUCUCACUGCACGGUUGGUGUCCACAACGCCGGCAAGCCUCCGAACGCCCAAGCAACGUCAAUCAACCACUCGCAACACUCAAGAUCGCGUUCGCUGCCGAUAAUACCAAAACGUCAGCCCACCCAAGCAAUGGGCCGGAUACAGCCACUCGCAGUUGAUAUCGAGCGAAUCCCAUUGCCUGGAAACUGGGAAAUGUAUCGAGAAAACUCGCAGAUGGAAGAUCCCAGAGUGCAGAUUCUAGAGCAGUUCAAGCGAAAACACAUGGAACUGUGCGAAUACAACGAUGGACCUCUCAACGAUCAAAUCAGCGAAAUAACAACCGACAGUUCCAUGACCGACGAUUCCAUCAAUAUGCACUCAAGUUUUGACUCCUCAUUGAGCCCCAAGCGCCCUUCACACAUGACGAAUAUGCCCGUUCAGUCCCAAAACAAUUGCCAAUUCGGAAGCAAUGGCCAAAGUACUGGAAACGGCACUAUGUACUACGAUUCGACCACCUCCAUGAUGAGCCGCCUUCAAAUGCACCAAAUGUCCCCCUCUCCCCAGCAGGCGCCUUCAUACGACCACAAUCAGAAUUCGAAUCCUACCUUUUCUAACUCCCCUCAUAAUCAGCAACACAUCGACUCGCAGGUCCAAGACUACAUGAUGGACAUGGGACUUGAUCCAAAUCGUUACUCUCAUUUUCAGUCUAAUUCAUCGCAAUCAUUGCCCCAAAGCCUCCGAAGAGGAAUUCAGAUGAAGCAGUUCCCACAGAGGCCGAUCUACCCUCAUCAACGAUCCCAUUCUCACCAUCUUCUCCCAGACAGACUCCACCAGCCGGUUCCCAGAUCACAUUCAAAUAUCUCCAUGGCCGAACAACGACACUAUCAAAACCCAGGCGAUCAACACGAUAUCCUCCAAAGUCAGCACUUCCAAGGGAUGGAGCAAAGUUCGAACAAUAACUCUUCUGGCUUCGCUGACAAUGAUCCAUUGAGCCAAAUCGAACUCGACAUUGGCACUUUUGGAACCGACCUGCCAAAGGAUAUCUUACAAAAGGCUCUUUUUCCCGACCGCGUCGUUCGCAGCUGA